ACAUUCAAAUCAACAUGUCUGCCUAAGCUUUAACAAAUCCAAUCCAGAAAGUACCGUUAUCUCUCUCUCUCAACGUGUUCGUGCAAUUUGUAAUUUUAAUUGUAACUGAGAACUUGGUACUAUGUCUUCUUCGUACGGUAGAUACCAUUCUCAAUCUCAGUCCUAUGCUCCAUCUGCGCCAGAACAACCUCCAUAUUCCAAUUACCAUCACACUUCUGCAUCCAAUGCUUCGUCCAACUACCACUAUGGAAACGUUUCAUCGUCUAGUUUUCCACCAGGCACACCCCAAGAUGUGAUCAGGAGCUUUCAGAUGGUGGAUAGAGAUGGAAGCGGCUUCAUCGAUGAGCGUGAAUUGCAACAAGCUCUCUCUUCUGGAUUUCACCACUUCAACCUCAGAACUAUUCGCCUCCUUAUGUUCCUCUUCAAGAAUCCACACCAACCCCUCACAAUUGGACCUAAGGAAUUUGCAGCACUUUGGAGUUGCCUUGGACAUUGGCGAGGCAUAUUUGAGAGGUACGAUAAAGACAAGAGUGGCAAAAUUGAUCCGCUAGAACUAAGAGAUGCUUUGUAUGGUAUUGGCUAUGCGGUGCCUGGCUCGGUGCUACAACUUCUGCUUUCCAAGUAUGGUGAUGGAAGUGGAAGGAGGGUUGAACUUGGUUUUGACAGUUUUGUCGAGUGUGGGAUGAUUAUUAAGGGUCUGACUGAUAAAUUUAAGGAGAAGGACACACGUUAUACGGGUUCAGCUACACUUUCAUACGAUGCCUUUAUGACUAUGGUCCUUCCUUUCCUUGUACCUUAUGAUUGAAAGUGAUGCUCAUCAUCCUCAAGAUUUCCAAGUUCUUUGGUGCUACAUUCAAUUGAUUGUUUUAUGACUUUGAUUGUGAAGAAAUUUUAAGGCGCUACGAUUUGUUAUGAUUAUUUUUGCUAGACACAUGCUUUCAUACGAAGCACUUCUUUUACCUUUAUUUGACCAACAAUUUACCUAUAUAUAGCUACUGAUAAAGGGUGUUGUGGCAAAAAAAAGUGAUAAGUAUGUACACAGAAGUGUUUUAUGCGUUCAAACUUUUUGUUUUUAUUAUUUGCAUAGACUUUACACACUUUCUGGAGAGAUGUGUGUAAGGUACCAAGACUUUGUUUCGAUAUGUAAAUAAUAAUAUGAGUGAUUUUACUUCUUCUAAA